AUGAGAAUUCCGUACGUCCCCAACCCCCCGCAGCCUUCCACCCCAGAGGAGGCCCGGAUCGUGGAGCGCGUUCAGGCCCGGCGAGCCCCUCGACCCCUCCAGCCUCUCGACCUGGCCCUCCUACACUCGCCCCCUCUCGCCGACGGCUGGAACUCCUUCCUGGGCGCGGUCCGCACAAAGACCUCCCUGGCAGACGAUCUCCGCGAGCUCGCCAUCUCUCGCGUAGCAGUGUGCAACAGAGCGUGGUACGAGUGGCAGCAUCACGCCCCGCUGGCCGCCCAAGCCGGCGUCAGCGAGGAAGUCCUCGAUGUCGUCAAGACCGAGGGGCCACUUGCGGCGGUGGCGAGACCAGCCGUGCUGAGCGAGAAGCAGUGGGCGGCGUUGGUCUACACGGACGAGAUGACACGGAGCGUGCAGGUCACGGAUGAGACGUUUGGCAACCUCAAGGCGUGCUUUAGCGACAGGGAGGUUGUUGAGAUUACGGGAACAGUUGCAGCGUACAACUGUGUAAGUCGAUUUUUGGUGGCGCUGGACGGUAAGCCAUGA